AUGGCCCUAUCUGGAUUUAGUGACUUUGAUGAGUUAUCAUCUUGUGAGACACUUUUGUAUCACAACGGCCUACCAGGUUUGGAAAAACAUUUUGCUAAUUCCGUUAAAGCGAUCAGUUUUACCCAUGUUUUUGAUAGGAAGAAAAUUGAUUCUUGCUUUCAGUCACUACAUACUUCAGACGUCCCAAGCAGCAAAACAUGCUCACCAGUUAUUAUGGACGGCGAAAAAAGUGUUGGGUCAAAUUCUAGAGUUGUCUUCCCACGUAGCAAACCAAGUUUUCAUCCUAACCAUGAGGACCGACCAAUGUUAGCGGAAUCUUUUUUAUCACCUGAUGCACAUCCUGUAAAGAAAUCGAUGUCAAUGAAUGGCGAUUUGAAUUCACUAGUUUCUUCUCGAUCGAUCAGUUCUCCUGACAGAGAGAAAUCGAUGUCAAUGAAUGGCGAUUUGAAUUCACUAGUUUCUUCUCGAUCGAUCAGUUCUCCUGACAGAGAGAAAUCGAUGUCAAUGAAUGGCGAUUUGAAUUCACUAGUUUCUUCUCGAUCGAUCAGUUCUCCUGACAGAGAGAAAUCGAUGUCAAUGAAUGGCGAUUUGAAUUCACUAGUUUCUUCUCGAUCGAUCAGUUCUCCUGACAGAGGAUCAGUGAACGGAGAUGCGAGCACCGUUUCAGGGUGUUCUGUUUUGACAGUGGGUGAAUCUAAAGCUGUGUGCGUGUUGACAGCGAUUGAUCCGAAAUUGACGGAGGGUGAUGAAGAAUGUUCAUCGUUUUCUGAAUUUAAGACGAAAAAUUUUAAUCUAUAUUCUCUUCCUACGGGUGUUACUGCUUCAUACAGUACCUUUCCGCAAUCUAUGUCGGCUGUACAAGAUCUGUGUUCUUUAAAGUGUACUACGAGUAAAAAGCGUCGUCUUCUUGGGGAACAAGAUAGGAUUUCUGCCUUAAUGUCAUUAAAUGAAUUCGAGGACGAUUGUAAAUCAGAAGCGCAUCGAAUUUCAAGUAAAACUCGACUAAGCCGAUUGACAUAUUCUCGUGGUUCAACUGAGAGUAAAUUAUAUCCGGAGACUGUUGAUUCUAUUUUACCCUUAAUCAAACCAGUUAGCGUAAUCAUCACAGAUUGUUUCCUUGAUUCAGAAGAAGAUGAUAUUGUUGAAUCCAAGCAAUUAGUGAAGAAGCGUCGAAAAAAUAGUGUUGUUUUAGAUGAAGAGAAGAAUGUUUCGAGAGAUAAUAGUGAGAUGUUGGAGCCGCCGGUGUCCUCUCUUCAAGGAUUAUCACCGAUCCCUUACCGUUGUGAAGAUGAUGUUACGAUUCCAGACGGUGUUGUUUUAGAUGAAGAGAAGAAUGUUUCGAGAGAUAAUAGUGAGAUGUUGGAGCCGCCGGUGUCCUCUCUUCAAGGAUUAUCACCGAUCCCUUACCGUUGUGAAGAUGAUGUUGCGAUUCCAGACGUUGUUGCUUCAGAUGAAGUGAAACAUGCUUCGAGUGAUGGUCUGGUGAUGUUGAAGCUACCAGUGUCUUCUCUCCAGGCAUUGUCACCGAUCCCUUACCGUUAUGAAGAUGAUGUUGCGAUACCAGAAGGUGUUGUUUUAGAUGAAGAGAAGAAUGUUUCGAGAGAUAAUAGUGAGAUGUUGGAGCCGCCGGUGUCCUCUCUUCAAGGAUUAUCACCGAUCCCUUACCGUUGUGAAGAUGAUGUUGCGAUUCCAGACGUUGUUGCUUCAGAUGAAGUGAAACAUGCUUCGAGUGAUGGUCUGGUGAUGUUGAAGCUACCAGUGUCUUCUCUCCAGGCAUUGUCACCGAUCCCUUACCGUUAUGAAGAUGAUGUUGCGAUACCAGAAGGUGUUGUUUUAGAUGAAGAGAAGAAUGUUUCGAGAGAUAAUAGUGAGAUGUUGGAGCCGCCGGUGUCCUCUCUUCAAGGAUUAUCACCGAUCCCUUACCGUUGUGAAGAUGAUGUUGCGAUUCCAGACGUUGUUGCUUCAGAUGAAGUGAAACAUGCUUCGAGUGAUGGUCUGGUGAUGUUGAAGCUACCAGUGUCUUCUCUCCAGGCAUUGUCACCGAUCCCUUACCGUUAUGAAGAUGAUGUUGCGAUACCAGAAGGUGUUGUUUUAGAUGAAGAGAAGAAUGUUUCGAGAGAUAAUAGUGAGAUGUUGGAGCCGCCGGUGUCCUCUCUUCAAGGAUUAUCACCGAUCCCUUACCGUUGUGAAGAUGAUGUUGCGAUUCCAGACGUUGUUGCUUCAGAUGAAGUGAAACAUGCUUCGAGUGAUGGUCUGGUGAUGUUGAAGCUACCAGUGUCUUCUCUCCAGGCAUUGUCACCGAUCCCUUACCGUUAUGAAGAUGAUGUUGCGAUACCAGAAGGUGUUUGUUCUUCCUUGUCAGGGCAUAAUAGUCUUCAGAAUUCUUCAAGAAGUUUAUCAAAUUUGCCUAUCAUACCUAAAGGUCGUCCGAGUGUAACAUUCGCGCCAAUCGUUGUAUACUUUGAUAGUCCAGAUAAUUCUCAACCCAGAGUAUCUGUUGGUCCGAUCGCUCAUGAUGAAAGUGAUCUUGCUCAUUUUGAUGACGAACUGUCGGAAAAGCUAAUUCAUCAAGAUGGUUCCUUGACUCAGAGUGAAAAUAAAGAAAAUAUGGGAUCCUUUUUUGAAUCGACUGCGUUAUCUAGCAUUCAAGACUCAAAGUAUCUAUCUCCAUCCACUUCCUCGUUAUCGUUAUCAAGAAUUAAACUUCCGUGGUGUACUCCAUACGAUUGCCAGUUUUUACCAUUCAAAUCAAAACGACCUCCUACUAAAAGUUUUAUACAAAGUGAUGGCCAUUUACGACGUAGUAAACGACUACGUGUACCAGCUACACAUGAUAGGAAUAAAGUAGUUGUUUACGAACCGGAUAAAGAUGAAUAUGGUUUAGUUUAUCAAAAACCAGUUGGAUUAGCUAUAUUACCUGAUCCAGAUGAGAUUAACAGACGUCAAAAAUUUCUCAAUCGUUUAAAACGUUGUCAAAAUAAUCGUACUCAGUUUUUAAGGAAGGAAAAAAUUAAUCGAGCAAAACGCCUUCAAAAAUUGGCCAAACGUUACAGAUCACUGAAAGGUGCACAGAAACCUGAAACAGAUCCAUGUAUGCGAAUUCAGUUGGAUCCAGAUGUUGAAUGGAUAUCACAUACAGAAACACAGUUACCUAUCGGGAUCAAUGAUGCAUCUCCUUUCCAACAGGUGAUAUAUCCGGAAAAUGCACAAUUUUCGCCAUUCAAAUUUUCUACUAUGGAAUACUCGAGUUACGUAGUUCCAGCUUUAUCUGGUGCUUUCCCAAGUAGAACUAAGACUCGUAUACCUUGUUUUGAAAUGGAUGCAAAUCUCACGAGGAUUGUCAGUAAAGAACAAGAAAGACGUCAACUUCAUUAUGAUCCGAACGCUAUAAAUGUAUUCAAAAUGAUGUCAAGUCCUCCUGUUCUUAUGAAUAAUAACAGUUCUUACAGUCUUUAUGCUGUACAGAUUGCGAAAUUUGCAAUUCCUUUAACAAAACCUUGUAUUGUAUAUAUUCCCAAAGGUAUACCAUACAAAUUUUUAAAUGCAACAAAAGAGAACUUAAAUCUUUGUCGAAUAAGAUAUGUUUUAACUUGAUUCUUUUCUUUUAAAUAAUUUUAUGUAAUUCUAUCCGCUUCACUUCUGUCAUAUCUAUGUAUACACUUUUAUACCGAUUGUCAUUAUUUUGAAUUUUCUCAAAUAAAUAUAUUUAAAUGUAGCGACUCAA